UAGUAGUUUGGACUCCAAUCCAUUAAUUUCUUUAUUUAUCUUUGCUGAUUGUGAAUCACUUUUACAUUCUUCUUCUUGUUGAUGUCAGUCAUUGAGUUGUUUUUGUAUAUUGAUUUCCUCUAGAUGGCGUUGUUGAGCAAACAAUUUGGAAUAUUCAUUGCAUUUAUGGCCAAAAAAAUUGAUGACUCAAGGCGUGGGAGAUCACCAGCACGGAGAUCGGAUCGAUCUCUUGACAGAUCUAGGGAAGACAAGAAGAGGCGGGAGAGACGUCUUUCGGGAUCUGGUUCAUCAGAUAUAAGCAAAAGGAGGCGGCGAAGUGCAUCAAGGGAACGAGACGGCAAGCAGUACGAUUUCCCGUAUAACAAGCCAGCACCAGGCAACAUGGGUUGGUUCACUGUGGAGCUCCAAGAUGAAUUAUAUGCUCUAUGUCAGGAAUUGGACGGACUACGGAAGCGGGUGGAUAAGAUAGCGAACACGAUCAAGGAGGAGAGUGUGAAGCGUGUGGAGUUUGUCAUGAUGGAUAAGCUGAAGCAUGCUAUUCAAGAUCCGCUCUCCGAGAUCACUGCGAAGAAGACUACAGUAGCUUCCUUGCAGCAGGCACGCAAAGGGAAGGAGGCGGAGCCGAACAUUGCUAGAAUGACAAUGGAGAUGACGAUACUGAAGAAACAGCUCGAAGAGGUGAGGAACAUCAGGUACGAUAUAACGUCGUUCAAAGAGUCGAUAACCAAUAUCAAGACGCCCGCAAUGAGACAGUUUAUGUCGCCGCGACAACUCUUACCAAACGGCAAGAACCCGACGAAGAAGAUGACGCUUAUUCCAAACGGCGGUGCGCCGAGCAGUGUAAGGAAGAAGAUACGACAACAUAAGGACACUUGAAAGAGCGCGGCACAAGCUAAAGCUCGACGAAGAAUCCUACAGGGUAUGCAGAUUUCUAA